GGGUAAAGUGAUUGAGCCGGGUGAGCUCGGGUAGUGUCUCAGGUAGCUCCAGUCGAUACAGUCGAUACAGUUUUAAUCCACCAUCUCCGGUUUGAGUCAACUAACGUUACUUCAGUUUUGGCGAUUUAUUCAUAACGUAAGGACGUUUAGUUACUGGAAACGAGGCGCAUUUCCGAGGUAAGCAUGGCGCUGUCUUUGUCCUCUCCGUCUGCAUGCCCCUACGACGAGGAUGAGGAAAUAGCUGUGUUUGAGUCUACGGCAGCAGAGCAUGGAGGCUUUACCAGACCCCGUCUACCUGAGAUCUCUGUAAUUUCCCCUGGCCUUGACCCCCGGCCAUCCAUUACACAACCGAAACUAGCAGUGAAACCUGCAGUGGCGACACAAGGAAGCUGCGAUGAAGGCAACACAGAUAGGGUGAAGGUUUUUCUGCGCAUCCGGCCACUUACUGAGACUGAGAGAGAGCGGGGAGAGGAACAGGGUUGUGUGGCUGUCCAAGAUGAAGAGACUCUGCUGCUCAAAGCUCCAAAAGAGUCUCAGAACAUGAGGACCGCAGAGAGGGGCAUCACCCAGAGCAUGCACAAGUUCAGUUUCUCCAAGAUUUUUGGGUCAGAGACAACACAGCAACAGUUCUAUGAGUGCACGAUGAAGAAGAUGGUGAAAGACGUGCUUCAAGGAGAAAACCGACUCCUCUACACUUAUGGUGUCACCAAUUCUGGAAAGACUUACACUAUUCAGGGCAGUGGUCGAGAGGCAGGACUCCUACCCCGGGCUUUAGUGUCUCUGUUCAGGAAACUGCAGGGUCGUCUCUAUGGUGCAAUGGACCUGAAGCCUGUCAUGUAUCAGGAUGUGAGGCAGCUUGAGCCCAGAGAGGUCAGGGUGGAGGAAAUCCGUAGAAACUCUCUGCUUAAAGAGGAUGAGAAUCAGAUGUCCCGUCGAGGUGGGACCACUACAAUCUGGGACAGUGGAAUUGGAGGACUCUCCUCGACAAGUAACAUUGCUACCCAGCUUGAAGACACUGAUAGUGUUUGUCUGGAGCCUGACAGCCUUUCACACAGUGGAGGAGAUGAUCUGGAGGAAGGGGUGCAGUUUUCUAUCUGGGUGUCCUUCUAUGAGAUCUACAAUGAGUUUCUGUAUGACCUACUGGAUGCUUCGCCCUCCCUGCAGCCCAGAAAAAGGGCCACACUGCGGCUUAGUGACGACAAACAGGGCAACCCCUAUGUGAAAGACCUCACCUGGAUCCAGGUCCGCAGUGCUGAGGAAGCCUGGAGGAUUCUGAGGGCUGGACGUCGUAACCAGAGCUUCGCCAGCACUCACCUCAACCAGAACUCUAGCCGCAGCCACAGCAUUUUCUCCAUCCGUGUCCUUCACGUUCGCCCAGAGGCAGAUUCAGCCCAGGCCAUGCAUAUCAGCGAACUGACUGUGUGUGAUCUGGCUGGGUCUGAACGCUGCAAAGAGCAGCGUAAUGGUGAGAGGAUGAAGGAGGCCAACAACAUCAACACCUCCCUUUUGACACUGGGACGCUGUAUUGCUGCUCUGAGGCACAACCAGAACAACAAGUCACGACCCCCUCAAGUGGUGCCCUUCAGGGACAGUAAACUGACCCGAGUCCUCCAAGGUUUCUUCUGUGGCCGGGGAAACUCCAGCAUGGUGGUCAACAUCAAUCCAUGUGCCUCCAUUUAUGACGAGACCCUCCAAGCCCUCAAGUUCUCAGCUAUCGCUACUCAAUUGGUCCAUGGCCCGUCCACAAAGACCAGAGUGGCCUAUAUCCUGUCCCUACUGCGUGAGCCAACAGCAAAUGGUAAUGAUAGCACGGUGCUGGAAGAAGAGGAGGAUGAGAGUGACGUUGAAGACGGCGAUAUGACCAUGUUAAAUACUGAGGCAUUGCUACAGGCCAUUGAUGUCCUGAAGAGAGAGGUGCAGCGCCAGCGGGAAGAGAAAGAGGUUCUUGAGGCAACUGUGAGAGAGCAGGUGGUCUCUGAGAUGAUGGAGGUCAUAUCUGGGAUGCAAGAGGGCUUCAGUGAGACCUUGGAGGCAGAGAGGGCUCUAAUCGAAGAGAGGUACGAAGACAGGAUAACUAACGUGCAAAAACAUUUGAAGAAGUUCUACAGCCAGGAGCUGAAGGAGCGAGAUCAGGAGAUUGAAGCUUUGUCUGCCGCCCUCGAAAAAAGAAAGGAAGCUGAACCGACCCCCAUGUCGGUGCCACAGGGUGACUUUGAGGGGCCUCGACGUUCUCAGCGCCUCACUACUCACACAGAAGCUGGCAAGCAGCGCGCUGAGCUCGACCAGUGUCGUGCUGAGCUGCUCACCAAGUCACAAGAGCUGACUAAUCUGAAGAUGCAGCUGGAAGUCCCAGGUUCAACUGGCACCCUCACUAGCGCUGCUGACCGCAAGCUGGAGGAGGGUCAACGGAACCUGCGCCAGCUGCGCCUGGAUCUGCAGAGGCUCGGGUUGGACCUGCAGUCUGGUGAACGAGCCUGCUGUCGUAACACAGGAGGGGAACGGUUGCGCCAGGCACUAACCGCUGCAGAUGAGACACUUGUCAAACAGGACCAGAUCCUGGUGGAGCUCCAGAAUGGCCUGAUGCUUGUAAAAGCUGACUUAAGGCGGAAAGCAGAGGCCCUGGCCCAGACGCAGGCCAUCCAACCCCAGCUGCCCCCCUCAGGUUCUGAUACCUGCAUCACACCAGGUUCCUGCAAGAAGAGGGGCUGUGGGGCCGCUGCACCAAGUGACACUGAGAACCGGCCUCCGCAAAAACGGCCCUUUUUCCAGUCUCUGUUCCCAAUGCGUACCCCAACGCGGAAAUACAACACUCGUGCUGUUGAAGAAGCAAACAUUACCCCCUACUCACGGAUCUUGCGGUCCCGCCAGCAGUCGCCACCCCGCAGCCCUGCCCCCACCCCUCGUAGUCUCAGGGGGAAGUACUAAGCUCUUUGCUUCAGUGGGAGUGCGUACUUUUUGAUAUUAUGCAAACACAGUUAUAUUUGCUGGUAACUUUAUCGUAUUUUUAUAUUGUUUUGUAUAUAUUCACUUUUGCAGUGCAGUUGACUCACUGUUAUCAUGCCAAAUACAGUUAAAACGUUCAUGCCAGUAUAACAGUUAUGCUUUAAACAGGGUUGCAGUAUACUACUAAGGGAAUUAAGGGGUUAAUAGUUAUGGACUGUAUGGUAAGAAUAGUGCAUGUGUGUGCGUGUGUGUGUAAUUAACCUUCUCUGCCUCUGCAACUCCUCCACGUUUUUUCUCUAAGUAUUUUUCCACAAUAAAAUCUAUGAAAACAUU